AUGCAACUCUUCCUCCUCGGAUACAUCGUCAUCUCCAUCUGCGAGAUCUUCACCAUUGGCGGAUUCCCCCUCAAUUCCACUGUGCGCAUUGUCUUUGUCGCGAUCCACAUCGCCGCAAUCACCGCUACAUCCUGGAUCCUCAUGCUCAACGGCGCCGUGGGCUACCAACUACUUGACGACGGCACGGCAGUAUCUAUCGGUCUGCUCUUGAUCUCGUCGAUCGUAAUCUUUAUCGGUACCGGCUACAUUGCCCUCGACACUGGACUCAACUGGACGGGUUACUGGGAACAGACGCGCUUCGUGCCCAACCAGGCCUACGCGCUAUACACCCUCUACCAGCUCGUUCCGUUAGUCUUCAUCGUCAUCUUCUUCCUCCUGGAAGCUUUCCUGGUGCUGCGUGUUCUCGGCGAGCGCAAGCCAAUGCUCUAUCUCCUCGCAGCAGGCCUUCUAUUCGCCAUCGGUCAAAUCUUCCAAUACGUCAUCAGCGUUCACAUCUGCAACGGCACCGACGGAAAGAUCAACGGAGGUCUAUUCUCGACCCUCUUCACCCUCCUAUCGGUAGUAAUGAUUUGGGUGUUCUGGUCGAGCAUCACCGAAGACGACUGGCCCAUGCCAACUGUCGCUGGCUCGGGCGCAUAUAAUUAG